UCAAGUGGCAAGGCUACUCUUGACCAAGAGAGAGUAGACCUUUUGAAAAGUAAGUACAGUUAAAAUUUGUGUAAAUGUAUUCUUGUGUAUGUUUCUUUUUUUUGUUUUUGUUUGUAUAUUGUGAAAGGCUCAUGGGAAUAAAACAAAAUAAUAUUAGAAAUUAUUAUAUAAUUCAUCCGGAGUGAAUCUUGCUUUGUCUUAAUUGCGAUUCCCCUAAAAGUCUUGGCCACAAUUCCAUUCUAAUUGUUGGAAUGCUUUCUGGCUUUUUGGUCCCCUCCCCGUUCAAUAAUGGUAUUCAUAAUGUAUGUGCAACUAACAUUGAAUGGAAGAAUGUAGAGCCAUGUUUCUGCCUUCAUACAACGUAGACUUGUCUCUUCUAGAAGUGUUUCAAGGAAUUAUGACCAUGAUUGCAGCUAUGAGUUUUAAAUGGAUACAUUACAUGAAGUUAGUAUACAGUGUAGUUAUGUCUGCAAUCAAGUUUUUUUAUUUAAGAGAACCCCUCCUCCCUUCCCUGGUUGUAGGGUUUGGUCGCUGAAACAAAAGAGAAUUAUGCAAAGGUAAUAAUAUUGAUUGUUUUUUUGGCUUUGCAGAUGCCAUCAGAGAAAAAUAUGGAGAAAAUUUAUUAAAUAAAAAGUGGAAAGUCAUGAGGCAAUCUCUUAACCAAAAAUGCCUUGAUAUAAAAAAUAAAAAAAGGCCAAAAGCAGAGUAA